AUGCCAUUGGCUCGCUGGACGUCGCUAAUCAAAAACGCUAGGUGGACUUGGGACGAUACGAUUUCGCUAGGUCAACUCAAACACCUUCGAGUGAUCCUCAACGAGAUUGUCCCUUCAAAGUCGUGGACUCUAUAUGGAACGAGUCUCUUGUUCAACAAUCAAACAAAUGCAUCUUUGGGCUCGGACGGGUACGAUAACUACCAGGCACCUCAGGAAGAUGGAAAACAGCUCUUUGAUCGAAGAAUGUGGGUUUCUGGAAGCUUGAAAUUUCGAGACAUUCCACGUGUUGGGGAGAGUAUAAGGUGUACUGAAAGAGUUCUGCUGGUCAGACGCGUUGGUGCCUCGGUGUUUGUGAGUAUACUGAGAGAGACGAGAAGGUUGGAGUUUACAGAGGUUCUUCGAGGAGGUACGGUGGUGGAUACGAAAGAGACGGUGGGAGACGUUGUUACGGAUGAAUUGAGGUCGUUGGUUUAUAAGUGGAGGAAAGACGGCGGUGAAGGAGCUGUCAAUGGGAAACCAGACCCUCUGUUGACCCAAGAUGGACUGGAAACUAAUGAGACCUCGCCAGAGAGCCUGGCCAAAAACCUGAAUAGUAUACAACCUGAAACGUCUAAUACUGCCUCCACGAUUCAGUUCCUGGUCUCGACUUCUCAGGUUUCACGGUUCAGUGCUCUUUCGUAUAACAUCCAUAAGAUCCAUUACGACCGCACAUACUGUCUCUCAGAGGGUCUUGAAGAUGUUGUUGUUCUGGGCCCAAUGCUUGUGAACAUCAUGUUACACUCCUUUGCGCUGCAGUAUCCAGACACAGCAGUUGAACUGUUUGCAUAUCGUAUGAGUGAGCCAUGCUAUGUUGAUAGGGACCUUCAGCUUACGAUUGAACCACAGAAUAAGAAGUACGAAAUUGCAGUCUGGGAAGGAACCAAGAAGCUAUGCAACGGUACUGUUAGAAUGGCCAAAAGGGACAGCUAG